UCCAUAACAGACCAAAACCAUGGAAAACCCUCUCUCCCUCACCUCACUACUCUCACUUCUCAUGUUCCUCUUCCUCCUCCGCUCUCCCUCAGCCGUCGGAUUUCCUGCUCCGGCCCCCUCCACCAACGACUCAGACUUCAUCCGCACCAGCUGCGGCACCACCCUCUACCCGGAGCUCUGCUACACCUCCCUCUCCCGCUACGCCAAUGCCGUCCAGAGCAGCCCUGCUCAGCUCGCCAAGGUCGCCAUCGGCGUCAGCCUCUCCAAUGCCAAGCGCAUGGCCUCCUUCGUCUCCAACCUCUCCCGCCACGCCGACUACGGUUCCGACCACCGCGCCGCGGCCGCCAUCCACGACUGCUUCAGCAAUUUCGACGACGCCGUCGAUCAGAUGCGUGACUCGCUCAGCCAGAUGAAGACCCUCGGGUCCGGUCCCGGCUCUGUCAGGUUUCAGAUGAGCAACGUCCAGACGUGGAUGAGUGCGGCGCUGACGGACCAGGAGACGUGUACGGACGGGUUCCAGGACGUGCCGGAGGGGUCGGUCAAGACCGACGUAGUGAAAAGGGUCGAGAAGGUGAAGAAGGUCACGAGUAAUGCGCUUGCUCUCGUCAACAGCGUGGCGGAGAAAGGCGGAUGAAUACGCCCCAUUGUUGUUGACAGUUGGAUUAGUGAUGGAGUUCAUUUUGAACUUUGAAGUAGUGGAAGAGGUUUAGUAUCAUACGUAUGUAUGGUUAAAGAUUUCCCUGCAUAUGUGGUAAGUAGUGGUUUUCUGUUAUAUUUGAACUGUAUGACCUAUAACCAGUCUGUUAUUAUUUUGUCGGCCGGUU